AAAAUUUUACAACUGUCAAUGUUUUGAUUAUUUUUAAUUUAUUGUGGUUUGGUUUUUGGACUUUCUCCAAAUAUUUUCUAACAAUUUUAGUUUUUUCGGCAGUAAUUGAGGCAAUGGAUUAUGUCGACAUACAAGCGGUGGAAUCAAAAUUGACCGAUGUGACGGUAACACCAAUUCCGAUGGGAAUAAGAAAUAUCUCCAACCAUGCAAACUCAAACAUUGGAUAUGGAAACCAGCAACUUCCCCAGCAGCAACUGCCGAGUCAAACGCAGAAUUUAUCUUCGUUUGUUACGUUUACGACGUCAACUAUAAACGCCAUAGCUACUCCAGUCACUAAUAUGAAUCAGUUCCCGAGCAAUUCCAGUUCCAACCUGUCCAAGUACGCCCAGUUACUAAUGGUUAUCGAAGAAAUGGGUCGGGACAUUCGUCCGACGUAUUCCGGAAGUCGUAGUUCAGCAGAACGACUGAAACGAGGAAUAGUCCACGCGAGAAUCUUGGUGCGCGAGUGUUUACUGGAAACCGAGCGCUCUGCAAGACAGUAAUUUGUUUAGGUUUGCUUUAUAUUUGGUCGGUGUUAAGUCAGACCGCACUAAGUCGCAAAACAUAAAAAAAUGAGAUAUUUAAUGAUAGCACCGGAUAAAGAAUUUCUUCAGCUACAUUCGACUUUUGCCAGAUUUGAAAUAUGUAACCAUAAACAAGAAUUAUGGCAAAAGAUAAUUUCCAAUUAUAACGUAGAGGAUGCUGCGAUUCAAACUUUAUGCCCGUUUUUCUUGAAAUCAAUAUUUUGGGUAAUUGUUUAGGUACUUCUUCCCUUGUAGGCUGAAAACAUGUUUUUUUAGUGUUGCAGUUUCUUAAAAAAGGGGCGGAAAGCGAAAAUUUUAAUAAUUUAUUAAUAAGCUUAAAAAUAAGUUGCACCUACUAAUUUUGCUCGUAUGUUUAUUGUGCUCUCGAAAGCAGGGCUUUUGGCGAAGCUAGCUUAAUGCAGCAAUGCCUCAUAACCGAGUCCGGACGAGGUGGCCUUGUUACUUGUCAUCGGAAUCGCAAGCAAACCUGUGAUCCACUCGUUUGCCCGGUAUACUCAAACAUAGGGUACUCAUUGACAAAAAUAAAAUAUUGUCGCUGCUUUGGAUUUGCACCGCUUUGGAUCCUUGGGCUUAGCUAUGCGGCAUAGCCGCAUUAAGCCAGCUUCGCCAAAAGCCUUACUUUUGGGAGCACAAUAACCAUACGAGAUAUGUUGGUAGGUACAACUUAUUUUUAAACUUGCUAAUGAAUUAUUAAAAUUUUCGCUUUCCGCCUCUUUUUUUGUGAAUCUACAACACCAAACUAGCAUAUUCACGAAAGAAAAACAUGUUUUCCACUUACAGGGGAAAACUGCCUAAAGUAAACAAUUACCAUAUUUUGUCACUAACUUAGUCCGGUGUGACAACACCGACCAUUUGGUCGAUGUUAGGUCAGACCGGACUAAGUGACAGUGCAUUGAUUUCGAGAAAAACGCGUUUAAAGUUUGAAUCGCAGCAUCCUUUACAUUAUAAUUGGAAAAUAAUUUUUACCAUAAAUCUUGUUUAUUGUUUCAUAUUUCAAAUCUGGUAAAAGUGGAAUGUAGAUGAAGAAAUUCUUUAUCCAGUGCUAUCAUUAACUCAUUUUUUGAUGUUUUGCGACUUGGUCCGGUCUGACUUAACACCGACCAUUUGUUGAGGGAAAAAUGUGAUCGGAUUAAAACGUGCACCAUAUUUUUUACUGUGAAGUACAAAACAGCUUAAGCCCAAAUAGCACAUUGUUUCAAUCGAUCAUCCACAAACAAAUCGUUCGUACCUACUAUAUAGAUGCAAACAAACAGAAUCAAAGAAGCUAAUACAAUUAGCACUCGAAGGAGAAUAUGUUCACACGAUUUAGAUAAUUUAUACUGAAUAACCCUGGUAAACAUAAUUUAUUCUGAAUAAACCUGGUAAACUGAAAAGUUAGAUACAUUGCGUAUUUUGACUAUGCCUUUUCCAGGUGCACCGGCAAAUGACAUUAUAUUUAAACUAAAGUUUUUAUAGUUGACAAAAUAAACAUCUAUCAAGCAGAAGAAUAACAAAGGUUUUGCAUUAUACUAUUUAUAUCCUUGACCUGAUAUAAAGCUUAUGCUAACAGGUUGUCAUUGCAAAUAAACAUACGAAAUACAAAAAAAAAUAUAAAUAAUAAUAUUUGACAGAAAAGUAUAUUCUAAAAUGAGUCGAAUUGCUGUGCGAAAGUGGAUGCGUCAGAUCGUCCAAGAAUUCCUUGACUUGAUACAAAGUUUUUGUAACUUUCGUUCCCCUUCACGCAGCGAAAUUUCAAUCGGUUAAACCAACAAAAUGGAUUUUUGAUUUGAAUCGUCACUCUAUUAUUGAUUCAAAACUCAGCGAUUUUUAAAUAUACAUUAAUUUAUUGUUGAACUAAAAAUAUUUUUAUUUAAAUCAAAUUUGAUUUUACACACUAAACCAGCCAAAAGUUGUUUAGUAAUUUCUUUUGACGACAUGAACAGUAAAGUGAUAUUUUUACGGAGCUAUCAGCAAGUUGUUUAAAAAAUUGCGGUAAAGUUUUCACUUUUUGGCGAUUUUCAGUAAUUUUUCGAAUAAUUUGCUGAAACCCGCAAUAUUUUUCACUGAAUUUAUCAGUACUUCUGUUUUUUUCGGUACAUAAAUAUUAUCCAGUAAAAUACUGACUGAUUGUUCGGCAAAAUUGUACCAACAUUACCGAACCUCGUCAAAAACUUACAAAACAGGUACAGCAAAUCAUCUGUCAAGUCGCCAUUUUCAGAGGAAACUGCUGACUGACCAGUAUUUUUUGACGUUUGGAGAGAACGGAUUGCGGAGAGUUCGGUAACCGAAUUGUUUUACUGAAUUGAUUACCGAACGGUUUGCUGUUCAAAACCCCAGCAAAAUUUUACUGUACCCAGUAAUUCAAAUUAAGUGUGUAUGUUGGUCUUGCAUAGUACCAAAUCAGCGUGUAUUGUGUAUUUUUUGUGUGUAUUCUAUCACUCAAAAAAUAAAUCACUUUGAUUUUACGUGAACGAUCCUGUAAAUGUCUACUUUUCAAAUUCUUACAAACAUUAUAUGAUUCCUAUGAACGCCAUAUGGCAACC